AUGAUAAUGAUUGUCAAAUAUAACUUUGAAUAACAACAAAAAUGUUUGCAAAUAAAUGGAUACUUUUGAUAUUGUUUAUAUUGAAAAUUGAUACAUCGCAAACGAAUCGAUUUAAAAUUGUUAUCAUCAGUGAUGAUGUACAAAAUAAUCGUACACGUUCAAGUAUUGAAGGAUUAAAAUCAGCAAAUGUAGAUUUUGAUACGGAAAUUAUUGAAUUAUCAUCAUCCAUUAUGAAUGAUGGUCAAUUAUGUGAAAGAUUAUUUAGUACAUCAUCUCAAUCACAAUCGGUUUAUUAUCGAUUACCAAUAUUUGGUUUGGAUUUAAGUGAAUCGAUUACGGCUAAAAUAAUGGCAAGAAAAAUGGGUAUACCAAGUUUACGUGCCGGUACUUGGGCACAAUCACAACAGGAUAAUUUAGCAUGGAAAAAUUUGAAUGAAAUUGAAGAAAAUCUUUAUGUUUCAGUACUUACACCUGAAGCAACUAUAUUACAAUUGAUUAAAGAUUUAUCCGAACAAUUUCAAUUAAAACAUAUUGUUAUUAUUUAUGAUCAAACAUUUAAAAAAGCUGUUGGUGGUCAUAUUUUCAAAAAUCUUAAACAUAAAGAAAUCUAUUGGUCAUCAAUGAUCAAUAAUCGUACGAUUGAAAAAACAUUGGAUGAUUUAAAAUAUAAUCAUCAAUAUGGUGAAACAUUUUUUAUACUUGGUUCGAUUUCAAUGUUAAAUCGUCUUGUGGAAAUGGCUCAUCAACGAUCAUUAUUACGUGGACAACGAAAAUGGUAUUUCAUAUCAAAGGAAAAAGGUCGAUUUCAAUGUAAUGAUUGUAAUAAUGUAAAAGUUUAUCUUUCACAACCAAUCAAAUCACAUUUACAUCAUUAUGAAUAUAAUACACCGGAAAAUCUAACAGCCGAUAGUUAUCAUAUUGUUGAUAAUUAUUUCUAUUAUGAUUUAUCAAGAUUUUAUGUUGAAACUAUUGAUCAUAUGCUGAAUAAUAAUAAUCAACAAUCAUUAUUGAAUGAAAUUACCUAUCCUACAUGUGGUAAACAUUUAACUGAACCACAAUUAAAUGAACGUCGAAAUUUUAAACUAUAUGAAACAUUUACAACAAGAUUUAUGUAUGGAUUAUUUGGACAAUUUAUAUUUGAUCGUAAUUCAAAACUUAAUUAUCAAGAAUUAAGUAUGCGAAUCAAUGAAAUUGAAUUUUCAAUGGGUAAAGUAAAACAAGUGAAAAAAAUUGCCGAAUGGGAAUUUGAAGGACAAUUUGGACGUUUAUAUUUUACAUCACCACAAGAACGAAAAGAACAGGAAGGAUUACCACAUUAUGAGAUUGUAACACUUAUUGAAGCACCAUUUAUAAUGAUGAAAGAUGAUAAUCAAACAACAGGAAAUGAUAGAUUCUAUGGUUAUUGUAUUGAUUUGAUGAAAGAAAUUGUUAAUAGUAGUGAUUUUAAAUUUGAUUAUACAUUACGUGUAGUGGAUGAUGCAAUGUAUGGACAUAAAAAUGAAAAUGGUGAAUGGACCGGUUUGAUCGGUGAAUUACAUAGUAAAAGAGCCGAUAUAGCAUUAGCACCGAUAUCGGUAAUGGCUGAACGUGAAAUUGUUGUCGAUUUUACCGUACCAUAUUAUGAUUUAGUUGGUAUAACAAUAUUGAUGAAAAAAACUACAACUAAAUCACAUUUAUUUAAAUUUUUAACCGUACUUGAAACAAAAGUUUGGCUAUGUAUUUUGGCUGCAUAUUUUUUCACCAGUUUUUUAAUGUAUCUAUUCGAUCGGCUUAGUCCAUAUAGUUUUCAUAAUAAUCGUGAAAAAUAUAAAAAUGAUGAAGAACAACGUGAAUUUACAUUGAAAGAAUGUUUAUGGUUUUGUAUGACAUCGCUGACACCACAAGGUGGCGGUGAAGCACCAAGAAAUCUUUCCGGACGAUUAGUUGCCGCAACUUGGUGGUUAUUUGGAUUUAUCAUUAUCGCUUCGUAUACGGCUAAUUUGGCUGCAUUUCUUACCGUAUCACGAUUAGAUUCACCGAUUGAAAAUCUUGAUGAUUUAGCUCGACAAUAUAAAAUAAAAUAUGCACCACAAUCAGGAACAGCAACAUCAACUUAUUUCGAACGAAUGGCCGGAAUUGAAGAAAAAUUUUAUGAAAUAUGGAAGGAUAUGUCAUUGAAUGAUAGUCUUAGCGAUGAUGAGCGUGCAAAAUUGGCUGUAUGGGAUUAUCCAGUUAGUGAUAAAUAUACAAAAAUUUGGUCACAGAUAAUCGAAGCAGGUAUGCCAACAACAUUUGCCGAAGGUAUUGAACGUGUAAAACGAAGCGAUCCAGCUGGUGAAUCAUUUGCUUUUAUAGCUGAAUCAACAUUGGUUAAAUAUGCUGUCAUGACCAAUUGUGAAUUACAAAGUGUUGGCAAUGAAUUUAGUCGUAAACCGAUUGCAUUGGCCGUUCAACAGAAUUCCGAUUUAAAAGAUAAAUUAAGUAGCGCCAUAUUGAAACUAUUGAAUCAAAGACGAUUAGAAAAUCUGAAAGAAAGUUGGUGGAAUAAUAAUGAUGCAGUGAAAAAAGAAUGUCAAGAUUCACGAAGACAAAGUGAUGGUAUCAGUAUUAAUAAUAUUGGCGGUGUAUUCAUUGUUAUAUUUAUUGGUGUUAUAUUGGCAUGUAUUUCAUUGGUUAUUGAAUAUUGGUAUUUUAAGAAAAAAGAAUCCAAAGUCAUAACGAUUAAUGAAGGAAAAAAAUCCAAACAUUUUGGUAAUAGUGCUGUACCGGAUUUAAGCGCCGAUUUUAAUAUUAAUCAAGAACGAAUGAUGAGACAAUUAAGAUCGACACGUAAUUUUAAUAGUAAUUUCAUUCAUCAUCAUUAUUAAAUUAUUUACUGGAAAUUUCACAAUUGAAAUUUAAUUGUAGAUUUUAGAUAUUAUAGAUUAGAAUAAUAAUAAUAAUAAUUUAUUAAAAUUCAAU